GGAGGCAGCCAUGUGGUUACUGCUCAGUAUGAUUUUUUUUUCCUCCUUCAUUCCUUUUUCUUUCCAAACAGGGAAAAGUGUUUCCAUGCGGCUGGAGAGCUUCUCUUGUCACAAUUUCUGCUCUGGGGAAGAGCAUAAUCCCUGAUCUCUCUCCUCCCACUCCCACCCGAAAGGAGUAGGGUGCGCUCCAGGCCCCUCCCCAGGGGCUGUGGAGUCAGAAGGCAAAGGCAGAAGAAAAGUCUUCUCUGCCUGUCUGACGAGCCUGGGACUAGGGAAGCAACAGAGGGGCAAAGUGUCCGAGUCCUGGAAACGGAAUGUCUUUCCUGUCCAUCCUCGUUCUAGUUUCCUGUUAUUUUGGAACAUGGGGGACUCACAUGGAAAUCAAAAAAGUAGCUGAGGAGAAGGUCACUUUGCCUUGCCAUCAUCAGCUGGGGCUCCCAGAAAGAGACACCUUGGAUAUCGAGUGGCUGCUAACAGAACCUGAUGGGAAUCAAAAAGUGGUGAUCACCUACUCCAGCCGUCAGGUCUAUAACAAUUUGACCGAGGAGCAGAAGGGGCGUGUAGCCUUUGCUUCCAACUUCCUGGCAGGAGAUGCCUCCCUGCAGAUUGAGCCCCUAAAGCCUAGUGAUGAGGGCCAGUACACCUGCAAAGUGAAGAAUUCAGGGCGCUACCAGUGGAACCGUGUCAACUUGAAAGUCCUGGUGAAACCAUCUAAACCCAAAUGUGAGCUCGAGGGCGUGCUGACGGAGGGAGGGGACCUGACCUUGCAGUGUGAGUCAUCUUCGGGCACAAAGCCCAUCGUGUACCACUGGCAGCGCGUCAAGGAGAAGGAGGGGGAGGACGAGCACCUGCCCCCCAAAUCACGGAUCGAUUAUGAAAAUCCUGGGCGUGUUUUGCUGCAGAAUCUCACUUUAUCUUCUUCUGGACUGUAUCAAUGCACAGCGGGCAAUGAGGCUGGGAAGGAAAGCUGUGUGGUUCGAGUGACAGUGCAGUAUGUACAAAGCAUUGGCAUGGUUGCGGGUGCAGUGACAGGUAUAGUGGCUGGAGCCCUGCUGAUUUUCCUCUUGAUAUGGUUGCUCAUCCGAAGGAAAGACAAGAAUAGAUAUGAAGAAGAAGAGAGACCCAAUGAAAUCAGAGAAGACGCCGAGGCCCCCAAAGCGCGCCUGGUGAAGCCCGGCUCCUCCUCCUCCGGCUCCCGCAGCUCGCGCUCGGGCUCCUCCUCCACCCGCUCCACAGCCAACAGUGCCUCCCGAAGCCAGAGGACGCUGUCCAGCGAGGCUGCCGCCGCGCAGCCGGGGGCAGCCGCCCACCCCUACAGCUUGGUGGGCGCCGAAGCCAGAGGCCCCGAGCCAAAGAAAGCCCCCCACGCCACUCUGUCCAAAGCGGGGGCCGGCCCCGGCGCGGUCCCCGGCCAGAACCGGGCCUUCCAGACUGUCUGAGCGGGACGGGCCCCCCCCCCCCCCCCCCCCCCCCCCCCCCCCAGC